ACGUCGUAAACAAUCACGUAUCCGCGUGUUGCUCAUGCACAAUCCCACAGGCCUGUGAGCCUUGUAAAUCAGGAUGCACUCCCUUAACAACCCAAAUUCCUGUCCUGAUCCUUGCAUCGUUGUUUGUGCGAUCUUUUGUUCGAUACCCUGCUGCGCCUGUUGUGAUUAUUCUUGACUUCAUCGCUCGUCACCCGAGACGCCGAACAUUGUAGUCAGCUAUCGGCGUGACCACUACGGAUAUCACGGAAAGCGAGAGCAUUAAGUCAAGCGCGCCUGGCUACAUCAUCGUCAUAUACUACGACCAUACUUAUUCCAAUCCCGUCAGAACCCGCAAAGCGCAUAUCCCGAGAUUCUCAACAUGGCCGAGCUGCACAAGGCGCUGGAGUGCCUUCGGCCGAAGGACUUUAGCGACGUCCCAACCGACGACCUCACGAGCUUUCUGCCCGAGAUUCUCGCGAAUGCGGAACUCAUCGCGAAUUCAGUCCCUCCGCCUCCAAAUGGCACGCCCUACGAGUCGGCGCAGCGCACGCGCACAAUCCCACAGCCUGCAAUCAGCGCCGCGGACCUCACAAAGUCGGAGGUCCGACGGCCGCCACCUGCGAAGGAACAUGAAGUGCUGCAGAAAGCAUGGGGAAAGCCGGUGAAGCUCGGAGCCAAGGAGAACGCGACGGGCAUGAGCGUAUUCAAAAUGGCAGGGCACGACAGACACGGCGCGUGGUUCUCGCGAACGAGUGUGCAUGAAGGUCUUGGGUUCUCCAAGUGGAAACGCAUGAUGCAGAGGGAGUUUCCUGAGAGCUUGGAGGUACAAGGCGGGCCUGGCGAGGGCAACAUCAGAGGCAUUGGUGGAGACCAGAGACUGGAGGAUAUGACAAUAGCUGGCAUUGGCAAUCUGCAAGUUUACCAGCUCUCUGCGCAGUUCCCAGGCCCGACAUCGCCGCGCGAAUUCAUCACACUACUCAUCACUUCGGAAACUGCCCUCAGCGACGCCUCCAAAGUCGGCUCUGCAAUACCACGACACUGGAUGGUCGUCUCGAUCCCUGUGUCGCACCCGGACGCGCCGCCCCGUGACGGAAUGGUCCGGGGCUUUUACGAGUCUAUCGAGAUGAUCCGGGAGAUACCGCUGGAGGGCAACGAGGAUAUCGAGUCGAACCCAGUCGAAUGGAUAAUGGUCACGCGCAGUGAUCCCGGAGGCGGCAUACCACGUUUCAUGGUCGAGCGAAACGUACCGAGCAGCAUUGUAGCAGAUGCUGCCAAAUUCCUGGACUGGGCGUGCGCACGAGACGAUGACGGAUUGGACGAGGCACCGAAGGCCAAUUUGGACGGUGCAGUAGAUAGCUUACAGCAAGGCCAGGACGCGCAGUCGCGACACCCGCUAGAAAACUCGAACGGCCUUGGUGCAGGAGUGGGUACCAGCAUAGCGGAGAGACCGUCGUCGAUGAGCCACCGAGCUUCACUGCGAAAACCCGAACACAUACAGCCUGCACAAGACGGUUAUCUGGAUCAGCUGAAAGAUGCGGUAAGCGGUCUCGGCGCAUAUGUCCCAGACGCCAUGAAUCCCAUGCCGCAACUACAGCGCACUAUCUCCAGCAGCUCCUCCUCUACAGAUUCGAGCGUCGACUCUUUUGCCUCAGCGGAGCAAUUCACAACGGCGCCGCAAGGCCUGCCUAUCGACAACUCAAUUCCCACACCUUCAACAGCGUCUGAAGCAUCUUUACCUUUAGACGAAGACAACCACCAUACGCGCGAACUGAACAAGAUCGAAACCAAGAAGGCCCAACUGCGUGAAAAACUCGAAGCAGACCGCGAGAAGCAGAAAAUGGCCGCAGCCAACGAUUCGCAGAGGAGCCAGAAGGAGAUGGACAAGGCUGCUGAGAAGCAUGUGAGAGACAAGAAGAAGCAGGAAGACAAGUACGCGAAGGAGAUACGGAAACUGGAAGAACGCCGCGCAAAGGAGACCAAGAAGUUCCUCGCUAAGCAGCAGAAGGAGGCUGAUAAGAGUAAGCUCAACACUGCGCAGAGGGAACGUGACGAGUACAAGAGGGAGAAGGAUCUGUAUGAGCAGGAGAACAAGUUGCUUAAGGACCAGGUUGCUGAGCUGCAGAGAGAGAACACAGCACUGGUCGCCAAGCUUGGCAAGUCGGACAUUGGAAAAGAUAUCCUGGCGAGUGUGAGGAACGAUGGAGGGAGAGCGAGGGCAAGUAGUAGGGCGAGUGGAAGUUCGUCGAAGAGCGGGAGAGCGCCGUUGACAAGGACUGGGACUGCUCCGGUGUCUUGAAAUUGUUGUUGGCGUCUACUUUCUCUCCUGUCUCAUCGUAUUUUCAUCAUAGCGAGCGUUGAGUUAAUCUCUCUCAAACAUACAGCAAUCUGUCAC